AUUACUAAUAAUAGCCAAUCUCCAAAACCUGCUUUUGUACGAAAGUGGCAUCUGACAAUGAUUCCUAAGAAUAUGAAUCUUAUGACUCAUCAUCUGAGAAAUGCUCGUCCCUUUCGCGUGCUCCAGAAUUAUAUUUUGCAAUUUUCAUGGGAUGAAUCCUCAUUCGACAAUAUAGUUGGAAAAUAUACACUCACCAGAAAACCAUUGACACCAAGUCCUUCGUUUCUAGAAGUUAAGGACAUCGGAAUAGAUGUUGAAUAUUGUUGUUGUUGCCUUGUACCAUUGCUAC